AAAGGGGGGGGGGGGGGGACUUUUGCACAGUCCUGUAUAUCACUUCCUUUAUUCAGAUGUUCUGAUUUACUGCCUGCCAUAACAUUCCGCUGAAUCAUUUCCCAAGUUUACACGCAGGCGAGUGACGCAACACAGUGCACUCCCACAAAGUACAAAAGAUGGUUUUGAUUUCAUUUCAUACCCCAAAGCUGCGCUUGGCUUCUCAGGAAACAGUCGAGGUCUUGCCAUGGAGGAAGGAUUUCCUUUUAAUUUACUGCUCUCAGACGUCUUGUUGUCGGUGCUGUCUCUGCUGCUUUUCCUGGUGGACGUGGUGCUGGACCUGUGGGCCGUAGUGUCCCUCUACCAAGAGCAGAAAUACCUCUCCAUGGGAUUGCUGAUCUCUCUUCUGCUCGGUUCCUCGCUUCUCCUGCAGAUCUUCAGCUGGCUCUGGUACUCCGAUUCCUCCAAAAACCAGGAGACCAAAGUGGAGAGAUUCGUCAGCAGACACGGUUUACUGGCUCCGGUGCACAUCUGCCAGCUCGGAGUCUUCCUCAGGUUCGCAGCUGUAAUGGAGAUCUCAAGUCGCAGUUUUAAACAGAGCGACCUCCGCCGCACAGGGAUCGCGGUGUACCUGAAUCACGAUCUCAGCAUGUUGCGUAUGUUCGAGGCGUUCUCUGAAAGCGCCCCACAGCUCGUCUUGAUGACGGCUCUCAUCAUGGAGAUGCCGGAACUCCAUGUCUUUACAGUCGUUAAAAUCGUCGGCUCUCUUUCCUCCCUCUCCUUCACCAUGUUGUCCUACCAUCGCAACAUGCGUGCAUUUGUCCCUGAGAAGCAAAAGAUGGGAUGGUCUUCCUCUGUAAUCUACUUCCUGUGGAACCUGUUCCUGAUUGGCCCACGUGUGGUGUGUGUGUGUCUCUUCGCCUCCGUCCUGCCCUGCCACAUCGCCGCACACUUCCUGUCCCUGUGGACGCUGCUGGUCCUCUGGGCCUGGUGGCAGAAGACGGACUUCAUGGACACUAACGCUGGAGAAUGGCUGUACCGGGCCACCGUAGCCCUCAUCUGGUACUUCAGCUGGUUUAAUGUAGUGGAAGGAAGUACGAAACUCAGAGGAAUCAUCUACCACAUGGUCAUAGGGGUGGACACGAUGCUCCUGUUAGGAUUAUGGUGGUGGAGGAGAUCUGUGGAAUCAGCUCGUCUUGAUCCACUACCUAUUAAUCCCUACCUACUUAUUGCUAUGUUAAUCAUCAUCUACAUUAUAGGAGUCCUACUGAAACUGGUUUAUUACCGGAAAUUUCAUCCUAAACAACCAGACUUACAGUUGGAUGAGAAAGAUGAGAAGCCAGAGAGGGAUCCCCAGCUAAUACUACACAGUCUAGGCGAUAACGUAGAGACGGACUCGUGUGAGACGCCUGAACCUCCAAAUCAAAGGAUCGUAACUGGCGUCCACAAAAGGAUGAAAAACAUGGCUGUCAAUUUCUACUACUAAUCUGGAUUUUAGGUCAGAAAAACCUUACUAGUAUGAACAUAAUGUACACAAUAUGUAAAUAUACUGUAUGUACUAUCAUUAUUUAUAUGCUAAAUCACAUUAAAACCGCUGACAGGUGAAGUGAGCAACAUUGAUUAUCUGGUUACAAUGGCACCUUUAAACAGGUGGGAUAUAUUUUAUUAGGCAGCUAGUGAACGGUCGGUUCUCAAAGUUGACGUGUUGGAAGCAGGAAAAACGGGCAAGCGGAAGGAUCUGGGAGACUUUGACAAGGGCCGGAUUGUGACGGUUAGACGACUGGGUCGGAGCGUCUCCAUAAUGGUCUCGGGGGGUGUUCUCAGUACGCAGUGGUUAGUACCUACCAAAAGUGGUCUAAUGAAGAACCGGUGAACCGGAGACAGGGUGAUCGAUGUGUGUGGGGAGCGAAGGCUAUCCCGUCUGGUCCGGUCACACAGAAGAGCUACUGUAGCACAAACUGCUGUGAACUUUAAUGCUGGCUCUGAUAGAAAGGUUGCAGAACACAGUUCAGCACAGCUUGCUGCGUAUGGAGCUGCGUACCGGUCCGAGUGCCCAUGCUGACCCCUGUCCACCGCCGAAAACACCUACAAUGGGCAUGUGAGCAUCAGAACUCUAUUAUGGAGCAAUGGAAAAAGGCGGCCUGGUCUGAUGAAUCACGUUUUCUUUUACAUCAUCUGGAGGCUGGGUGUGUGUGUGAUGGGAGAUGGGACCAGGAUGCAUUAUGGGAAGAAGGAAAGCCGGUGGAGGAAAUGUGAUGCUCUGGGCAAUGUUCUGCUGGGAAACCUCGGGUCCAUGUGGAUGUUACUUUUACACGUACCACCCGCCUAAACAUCGCUGCAGACCGAGUACAAGUGGCAGUCGUUUCUUUCAGCAGGAUGACGCGUCCUGACACACUGCAAAAACUCUUCAGGAACGGUUUGAGGAACAUGACAAAGAGUUCAAGGUGUCGACUCGGCCUCCGAAUUCCCCAGAUCUCAAUCCGAUCCAGCGUCUGUGGGACGUUCUGUACAAACAAGUCUGAUCCAUUGAGGCCCGACCUCGCAACUUACAGGACUUAAAGGAUCUGCUGCUAACGUCUUGGUGCCAGACACCACACCACGCCUUCAGAGGUCUCGUAGAGUCGAGGCAUGGACUCGACGAGUCAGAGCUGUUUUGCUGGCACAAGCAGGACCUACACCAUAUUAGGCAGGUGGUUUUAUUGUUAUGGCUGAUCGGUGUAUAUGUAGAAUAUAUGAACGUGAAUUUUACAUUUUGAUACUAUUUUAUUGUUUUAUAAACAAAUCAGAUCAA